AUGUUGUUAAGGAACAAUUUCAAAUUCUUAUCACGCAGGCUCAAGCUUCUACCAAGCGCAUCAAUACCAGCGCAAAGAUGCUCUUUUGCAACGAAUGCUGAUACUAUUGCCCAUGGAAACAAAACAAUUCCAUCUAUAAAUGAAGAGGCAUUGAAGUAUGCUGGUGGUGACUUGUUGAAGAAAUUCAAAGAUGAACAUGCACAUAAACUUGUCGACGUUUCAAAAGUUCUUGUCAUUGGAUCUGGUGGCUUAUCAAUUGGUCAAGCUGGUGAGUUUGACUACUCAGGGUCACAAGCUAUCAAAGCCUUGAAAGAGGCUGAUAAGAAAUCAAUUCUAAUAAAUCCAAAUAUCGCUACAAAUCAGACGUCCCAUGCAUUAGCUGAUGAGAUUUACUAUUUACCAGUGACUCCAGAGUAUAUCACGUAUAUCAUUGAGAGAGAAAGACCGGAUGGUAUUUUGUUGACAUUUGGCGGCCAAACUGGGUUAAAUGUAGGUGUCAAGCUAGAUAAGAUGGGUGUUUUCGAUAGGUAUGGCGUCAAAGUCUUGGGUACGCCAAUUAAAACGUUGGAAACGUCUGAAGACCGUGAUUUGUUUGCUCAAGCUUUAAAAGAAAUAAACAUACCAAUUGCGGAAUCUAUCGCAGUUGAAACUGUCGAUGAUGCUUUAAAAGCAGCUGAUUCAGUUGGAUACCCGAUUAUUGUCAGGUCGGCUUAUUCGUUGGGUGGUCUCGGAUCUGGAUUUGCUGCUAACAAAGACGAAUUGAGAAAUUUAGCUGCUCAAUCACUUUCUUUGGCGCCUCAGAUUUUGGUUGAGAAAUCAUUGAAAGGAUGGAAAGAAGUAGAAUAUGAAGUUGUUCGUGAUCGUGUUGGCAACUGUAUCACAGUUUGUAAUAUGGAAAAUUUCGAUCCAUUGGGUAUCCAUACAGGUGACUCCAUUGUUGUUGCUCCAUCGCAAACGUUGAGUGACGAAGAGUAUCACAUGUUGAGAACUGCUGCAAUUAAGAUUAUAAGGCACUUGGGUGUUGUUGGUGAAUGUAACGUUCAAUAUGCUUUACAGCCUGAUGGGUUAGACUUUAGAGUCAUCGAAGUGAAUGCUCGUCUAUCACGUUCUUCGGCGUUGGCUUCAAAAGCCACUGGAUACCCCUUAGCUUACACUGCUGCCAAAAUAGCUCUCGGUCACACCUUGCCAGAGUUGCCAAAUCCCGUUACCAAAACCACUUCUGCAAACUUUGAACCUAGUUUGGAUUACAUUGUCACCAAAAUUCCACGUUGGGAUUUAUCGAAAUUCCAACAUGUCAAGCGCGAUAUUGGGUCAGCAAUGAAGUCGGUCGGUGAAGUCAUGGCUAUUGGAAGAAACUUUGAAGAAUCUUUUCAAAAAGCAAUUAGACAAAUUGAUCCUUCUUACAUUGGUUUUCAGGGAGACCAUUUUGAAAAUUUGGAUGAGACUUUGCAAAACCCUACUGAUAGAAGAUGGUUAGCUGUGGGACAAGCCUUGUUGCAUGAAAAUUAUUCAGUCGAUAAAGUUCACGAUUUGACAAAAAUCGACAAAUGGUUUUUGUACAAAUUGAUGAAUAUUGUCAAUAUGUAUCGUGAAUUGGAAUCUGUUGGCGAAUUGUCUAAAAUUAAUAGCGAUUUGAUGAGGCGUGCUAAGAAGUUGGGAUUUUCAGACAAGCAGAUUGGACUUUGUGUUGGAGCACCAGAAUUGGAAGUGAGGAAAGCAAGGAAAGAUUUUGGCAUCAUCCCAUUUGUUAAAAAGAUUGACACGUUAGCUGCUGAGUUCCCAGCAAACACCAACUACUUGUACACAACCUACAAUGCUACCAGCUCUGAUAUUGAUUUCGAUGAUAAAGGAACUUUGGUAUUGGGCUCUGGUGUUUAUCGAAUUGGUUCUUCAGUGGAAUUUGAUUGGUGUGCUGUAUCCACUGCCCGUGCAUUGAGAGAAAGCGGCAAGAAGACAAUCAUGAUCAACUACAACCCAGAAACUGUUUCCACUGAUUUUGACGAAGUUGACAGAUUGUAUUUUGAAGAAUUGUCAUUGGAGAGAGUGUUGGAUAUUUAUGAAUUGGAACACUCCUCUGGUGUUGUUGUUUCAGUUGGUGGUCAAUUGCCACAAAAUAUUGCAUUGUCAUUACAAAACAAUGGUUGCAAUGUUCUUGGUACUAAUCCAGAAGACAUUGACAAAGCCGAGGAUCGUCACAAAUUUUCGCAAAUUCUUGAUUCCAUUGGAGUGGACCAACCAGCAUGGAAAGAAUUAACAUCCAUUCAAGAAGCUGAAAACUUUGCUGAUGAAGUAGGAUAUCCAGUUCUUGUCCGUCCUUCAUAUGUUUUGUCAGGAGCAGCAAUGUCUGUUAUCAAUAGCAAAAACGAAUUGGACGCUAAAUUAUCCAAUGCUUCAAAGGUUUCACGCGAUCAUCCUGUGGUCAUUUCCAAAUUUAUUGAAGGGGCACAAGAAAUUGAUAUUGAUGCUGUUGCAAAUGAAGGUCAAGUCUUGGUUCAUGCUAUAUCGGAACAUGUUGAGAAUGCUGGAGUUCACUCAGGGGAUGCAACUUUGGUUUUGCCACCACAAAAGUUGUCACCAGUUUUGUUGAACCGUUUGAAAACCAUUGCUGACAAGGUUGCUGAAGCAUGGAAGAUUACUGGACCAUUCAAUAUGCAAAUUAUCAAAAACGACCAAGAUGGAACUCUUGAUGAUGAUAACUGUGAAUUAAAGGUUAUUGAGUGUAACAUUCGUGCAUCUCGUUCUUUCCCGUUUGUUUCAAAAGUACUUGGUAUCAAUUUCAUUGACGUUGCCGUGAGGGCCCUCAUAAAAGAAGGUGUACCACAGCCAGUCGAUCUCAUGGACCGAAAAUACGACCGUGUUGCUACCAAGGUGCCACAAUUUUCAUUCACUAGGUUGGCAGGAGCUGAUCCUUUCUUGGGUGUUGAAAUGGCCUCGACCGGUGAAGUGGCUUGUUUUGGUAAAGAUCUACUUGAGGCGUAUUGGACUAGUAUGCAAUCAACAAUGAAUUUCCAUGUACCAUUACCUGGUCAAGGUAUAUUGUUUGGUGGUGAUUUAUCCAAUGACAAGCUUGGAAAUGUCGCAAAAGAGUUAUCUGGAUUAGGUUAUAAUUUUUACACUGCAAGUCAAACGGUUGCAGAUUACAUAUCCAAGUAUGUUUCUGAACCAAUCGAAGUUAUUGAAUUUCCCAAAACUGAUAAGCGAGCCUUGCGUGAAAUUUUCCAAGCCAAAUACAUUGGGGCUGUAUUUAAUUUAGCCAAGUCCAGAGCUCAAGAUUUGUUGGACGAGGAUUACGUUAUGAGAAGAAAUGCUAUUGAUUUUGCUAUCCCAUUGUUUAAUGAGCCAAACACUUCGCAGUUAUUUGCUUCUUGUUUGAAGGCCAAAAUUUCAACCAAGAGCAAGUUUGAUGAAGUUCCAGAAAAAGUUGUUGUUCCAGAGGAAGUUCAAAGAUGGAGCGAGUUCAUUGGGGGUAAGCCAGUAUAG